AUGAACAAUGAAACUUUAGAGAGUACUAUACACGUUACGGCGCCAAGUAUCCUCAACAAGCCGUCUCAGACAAUGCCUCAAAGGUCGCCUUUCGCCAUCCAGGAACUCCUGGGGUUAAGUGAUAGCCAACACAGGUCUCCCACGGCCGCCGUCUCAGCCAUCACGCCGAAUGUGUAUCCCCAAAGACAUUUGCAAGCUCCCACUUGCUUCCCUUCGGACCAUGGCUUCAACCACCAUCACAUGACCAUGGCUGCCAGCCGAAUGGCUUAUUUUAACGCUCAAGCUGCCGUGGCGGCGGCUUUUUUACCGCACAACAUCGCUGCGGCGGCAAGCAUGAACGCUAACGGUGGCCAUUCACCUGCAGCCGUUCUGGGGUUAGCUGGACAUCAAAGUUCGGGUGCGGCAAAGAAAACAAUGUUAAAGAAACGUUUCACGAAAAAUAAUCAUAGUAAUAAGCAGGCAGUUGCCUGUAAUCAACAACCAGAGGCGAACUGA